GAGUUCUUAACGAAGCGCAAUGAAAUCUCUGGUACUAUUGAUAGUAGCGACACUAACCUACGGUACCCGUUCAUCCCACGUGGUACCGGUCGGUGUGACAGUUGGUCUAACACCAUACUCCCACCCCAUCAGCUCGCUUUACCACAGUCAGGACAUUAUCGGACAAUAUGCUUAUGGGUACGCCACUCCGACUAGUACCAAAGCGGAGACCAAAACCGCAGAUGGGGUGACCCAUGGUGGGUACUCCUACAUUGACUCGAACGGGAUUCUGCAAACGGUGCAAUACACAGCCGACCCUAUCCAUGGGUUCCGAGUCGCUGCCACCAACCUCCCACAAGACGUACCAGAAGUGGCCUACGCCAAAGCUAAACAUUUGGCCGAUUUUAACGCCAUUGCUGCCCAUCAUGCCAACCCAGCUAUUGUCCCACAACCCAUUCAAGACCUUCCGGAAGUAUCGCAAGCCCGCGCCAGACACUUGGCGACCUUGCAAGCCGCUUACGCUGGUAGUACCGCUCCUCAACCGGUCCAAGACCUACCAGAAGUCGCCAAAGCACGAGCCGAACAUUUGGCUGCUGUGGCGCAAGUUAGAGCUAGAGAUGCUGCAAUUCAUUUGAGUCCGGUUGAAGUGACCGGAAAUGUGGUUCCGGUGCAUACGGUGGCUGCUGUUGGUACGCCGAUUUCGUACCCAGCGGCCAUUUCAGGACAGUACCAUUCUCAGGAUGGGUUAGGGCAAUACUCGUAUGGGUACGUUGGACCUUUGAGCUCCAAAAGUGAGACUAAAACCGCCGAUGGGGUUACGAGAGGAGGGUACUCUUAUAUUGAUGCUAAUGGAGUACUACAAACAGUGCACUAUAUUUCCGAUCCAGUGAAUGGGUUUAGGGUCGCUGCCACCAAUCUGCCAGUUGCAGGGCCAAGUCAUGGAGUAGUAUCGCAGAAGAUUGCUAAAGUAGUACCAGGGAUUUAUACGCAAGAAGUUUACUAUUAGAGUGAUUGCAUAAUUAAUUAGUUGUAGCGUUAUUUUGAUUGGUCUAGACAUGUAACAUGCGACGGUUAAUAAAUAAUAAAUUAUGUGUUUUAUUGA